GGAUUGUUGACAUUCAGGGACGUGGCCAUAGACUUCUCUGAGGAGGAGUGGGCCUGCCUGGACCCUGCUCAGCAGAAUUUGCAUCGGGACGUGAUGCUGGAGAACUACACAAACCUGGUCUCUGUGGGUCUUGCUGCCUCUGAGCUGGACCUGAUUUCCUGUCUGGAGCAAAGGCAAGAGCCUGGGAGUGUGAAGAAACAUGAGGCAGUAGCCACACACCCAGGUAGGUGGGAGCGAAUGAAGCAGGUGGCACAG